AUGCCGCUCAACAUGCCACACAACGGUAGAGACGAGGAAUGGCUUCGAGCCCAGUUACAAACCCUGGGAGGGCCGGACUCCAAUGAACAAACCCUAGAACCCCUCAUAUCGACACAUUUGGCAACAUGGUCCCAUACAGAAGCCGAUCAGGCAGUCCUCUUCCUUACCCAGGCUUCGGAAGCACGGAGACAUGGCGAGGUAAAAACAAUGACGAGCCCAGCCAAGAUAAAAAAAGAUAAAUGGACGUACGAGGACUACGAUAGCGUCCUGAAACACAUUGUCGGCCUCGAAUCGGUACCUGUUGGGGUUAUUGAGAGUGUAUUAAAUCAUUUCAAGGCCAAUCAGCCAAAAAAGGCCCGGACGGGAACCCUAAAAUUGCGCAAGCCUGUGACGGACGAUGAAACAUAUGCUCUGAUGACCGAUCUAAUGACGACAGCCUUGACAAAUAACCGACUUGAUCAACUCCGAAUUUUGGCUCACUCUGCUGCUCCAGAUGUUGUCAGCAGAGUCAUGCCAAUGGGGAUUUGGAUCGACAACAUAGAGGGCGUCCAGCUUCUCAUGGAGGAGAAAGCUGAUACGAACACCUGCCCGGAGGAAUUUUUGGGAUCUGUUCUAGCUGGGAAGCUGGAUUUUAUCCGUCUGCUACUUCGAUCGCAAAGACCUGUUUCAAAUGCCAUCACCACACAGGCGCUGCCCGCAGCAGUUAAGCUUGGGAACAUUGAGAUGGUCCAGCUGCUCCUUGCCCAUGGAGCCAAUCCCAGUUUUGAUAACGGCCUGGCACUGAAAAACGCAAUUGAUGCCGACCGUGUUGAUAUUAUCAUCUUGCUUCUCCUAUGCAAGAUGCAUCCCGCUGGCGAUCUGUUGGGAUCGAUGGUAUCAUAUGUAUGGUCAGCACCUCACGUCUUCGCCGUACGCCAAUACCAUCUGAUCGAGGUCUUACUGAAUGGAGGUGCCUGCGGAAGCGAUGUUGACGUGGUCUUAUUGGGUUCCGUCGCGCAGUGCUGGGGGAGUUGGCGCAGCUGCUGA